GGCGGGCGGAGUACGGUGGCCGCGGGGCGCGGCGGCGGCGGCGGCGACGGGCUCGGCCGGCCGGCGCGGGGCCGCCAUGGGCAACCUGUUUGGCCGCAAGAAGCAGAGCCGGGUCACCGAGCAGGACAGGGCCAUCCUGCAACUGAAGCAGCAGCGGGACAAGCUGAGGCAGUACCAGAAGAGAGUCACGCAGCAGCUGGAGAGGGAGCGGGCCCUGGCCAGGCAGCUGCUGCGGGAUGGCAGGAAAGAACGGGCCAAACUGCUGCUCAAGAAGAAGAGGUACCGGGAGCAGCUGCUGGACCGGACAGAGAACCAGAUCAGCAGCCUGGAAGCCAUGGUUCAGAGCAUCGAGUUCACGCAGAUUGAGAUGAAGGUGAUGGAGGGACUCCAGGUGGGCAACGAGUGUCUGAAUAAGAUGCACCAGGUGAUGUCCAUCGAGGAGGUGGAGAGGAUCCUGGACGAGACCCAGGAGGCGGUGGAGUACCAGCGGCAAAUCGAUGAGCUGCUGGCAGGAAGCUUCACUCAGGAGGAUGAGGAAGCCAUUCUGGAAGAGCUGAAUGCAAUCACUCAGGAACAAUUGGAGUUACCGGAGGUUCCUUCAGAACCCCUCCCUGACAGAAACCCAGAAGCCCCUGCCAAGACCAGAUCCAGGCAGGCAGAGCUGGUGGCAGCAUCAUAACUUGGACUCUCCAGAGACUCACAGGGACUCUCUGAGGACUGACCCACAGAGUGUUUGGCUGCGUGUCAACCCUGAGGGCUCCCAGAAGGCCUGAAGGGCUGCGCUGUCCAGUGCAGGUGCUGGUGGCUGGAGCAGCGGCCUACACGGGCCUGAUGUCAGGGCCCCACGACGCGCCUUCACAGCUUAGCCUGGAUGCACCAUUGUCUCGCUCUCACUCUGGAUUAAAUGGACACUCAAAGCCCAGCCAGGCCCGGCUGCAGGAGCUGUGGUCCCCACGGUGGCCACGGCCCAUCUCCUGGUGCUGUUCUCAUGGCUGUGUGGCCUGCACUCUCGUGGGAAACUGCUUCAGACCUUGGGGUCCCUAUGCUUCCUUCUCUUGUCUCUGCUGCUCACAUGAGCUGAGGGGGCUUUAGUGAAGGGAUUCUUACUGUGCCUGGCCGCCUGCUGUCCCUCGGUUUCCCUGCAGGCUAGCGCAGGAUCCCUAGCACACUGCUGCUCUCCAAGUCUCUUGGAGCAUCUUUGACACCUCAGCCUGCUAUUUCUGGAGGAGGUGGACCAGGGGCCUGGAGCCUGACUUGGGGUCUUCACAAAAGAAAGACAUCUUGAAGUUGGUGACAGGACCCUGUUCCAAUGGGUGUGUGCCCCGUGGAAUCCUGGACACAGCUGCCAGUCCUAAGCCACCAACACCCAACAGGUGCAGAGCUUGGAAGUGACUUCCAGGGUCCUGUGCUCAUUCGAUACUGGACAGUCUCUGACCCUCGGGUCUUUGAGGGACACAGGGCCUUCCAUCCCUUCAGGGCCCACCAGGAAAGGCCGUCUCUUCCUUCACCCCGAACAGGUCAACCCCAAUAUUAAAGUUGGCCCUGCAUGGUCUUCUGCCUCUUGGACUUGA